CGUAGUUGCCGUCGCUGUCGCCACCGACCACAGUAACAGCAACAGCACCGAAGAAUUCAAACUCCAACUUUUGCCCUUUUCGUUUCAACUUGAUCGUCAAUUACUUUUUUUCUUUUUCUGCAAUUUCCUUCUCCCAGCCUUUUUAAUUUCACUGUUACUACGCUCGUUUUACACUCUUUUGGUCCGGAACGGUAUGUCAGAACAGGAAAGUCCUGAUAGCAAUUGUAACAAUCAAGACGUAAAUUCAAGUGUGAGGCAAUUUCUCGUCGAAACCGAGAAAUCUAGCCAAAAACAACAGCCCGAGGCUGCUACUACUGCAACAACUGUCAACACAAGUAAAAUGGCAGAAGCUGAUAACAUAAUUGAAGAAAAUGUAAAGUUGGAUUGUAAGAACGGCGUAGUCGAUGACCGAAAGGAUAUCAGUAUUGAAAGUCUCAAAAAUCUCGACAAAGCUGCUGAAGCAGCAGAACAGCGCAAGACAACCGAGGAAAAAUUAGCAGCUGAUUCACAAACCACUAUCAACCUUGAACAGCCUCUGUUUAUUUCAAUGCAUACAAUGUUAAAUCCAAAGGAGAGCAAUAAGGCUGUAAAUGAAAACUCGAAUAGCAUAGACGAAAUACUAGAGCAAAAGGAUAUCAUUGAACAGUCAGAAUUUGAAGAUUUCCGCCAGAAAUCUGCAGAACACAAAGGCAUUAAGGAAGGAGAAACAGUAAAACCAGAAGGCAACGAAAUCGAGCCCCAGUCUUCUCAGAAAAUUAAUAUAGAUAUGGGUAAGAGUCAAGAAGGUUCUUUAAAGAAGGGCCUUGAAGCAGUAGAGAAAAAAGACAGCAUUAAGAAGGGAACUAGUACAGAAGACGUAGUUAUUAAUGAUGAAGACCAUGUUGCCGACGCAAGUAAAGAUGUCCAAGACAUUGCAGACAGUACAGCGAGCGAAGGAAAUUCUAUAGCCGGUAUCAAAACUACAGAUACUGUAGAAUGUUUGCCACAGAACUCAAGCAUGAUUGGAAAAGAUGCAGUCACUACAAAAAAUGGAGUAGCAACUCCUGCCAUUGCCAUAAUGGAUGACAACGGGAGGGAGACAGAACUAUAUAAACCAUCUAAAGAAAGUCGUUGGAACCAACAUAAUGAUGACGACAGAAUCAAAUAUCAUCAGAAACCUUCUUAUCGUAAUAAAGGAGGAUCUCAAUCAGCUUACGAGCAAAGAAACCAAAAACCUGCAACUAAAAUUCCUUGGGAGCAAAUGUUAAACAAAGCCUCUAUAGUAAACUCAGCACAAAAUGCCACAGAAACUGAUCACAGUCGUAAUAACGGCGCCAAUACCAGUUGGAGACAUAUUAAUGAUGUUACACAGCAAACAGGAAAUGAUGCAAGUCACAUAGCGACCAAAAAGAAGUCAGACGAGGAAAUCAAAUAUAUCAAAGACCCGAAAGAUGAAGUAGUGGAAGCUAUUCCAGAGAUACCCAAAGAUAGUUUUUCAUGGGCAGAUGAUAUAGCAACGUCAGAUGACGAUUUAGAUAUUGAAGACACCAUGAUUAUGGACGGCAAGAACGCUGUGAAUUCGUCUAUAGACAUAAUUGAAGAGGAAAACAAAGGUAGAGGUGAUGCAGAAGAUUCAACCGAGGAAAAGAGAUUACCGGAGAGCAAUAAUCACUCGAACGAUAAUCCAUCGUCAACAAAAGACCCUAUCGAGCAGUCUGUAACCAACACCACAUUUGACAGCUAUGCAACAGAUAUAAAGACGUCUGAGAUUACAAUAGCUUCAACGUCAUCGGAAAGUACCAAUGAACACGCUUCUAAUAUCAUAACUCGCACGGACCUCAAAGCCGAUCAAAACGAACAUGCAAACAACGCAGUAGCUAACGAUAAUGCAUCUUCUGCAUGGAAUACCUUUGCUGCAUCUGCGUCUAACAUUGUAUCCAUUGUUAACGCCAGUGAAGCUACGAAGACAACGUCCAAUGAGAAACAGAACGAAUGGAAAGAUAGUAAUUUACCUGAAGAUACGGUAUCAUCAACGAAGGACAGUUCUGUAAAACCUAUUACUACUACUUCACCUGCAAUGGCGAAUCGAGAUGAUCAUGCUUCUAUGGCAUGGAAUGCUUCUGUUGAAACUGUUUCGAUCGCUGCACCCUUAGCAUCCAGUAAUACAUCCGAUAUUAAAGCUCCCAAAGAAAAUCCGGGAGAAUGGAAUAACAAUUCAAUGGUGAAAGACAAUUAUUCCUCAACAUGGGGUAGCCCGAUUGGGUCCUUAUCAAAUGGACAGCCUUAUAUGACUGUUGGAGAGUCUACUAUUACAUCGUCGCUAGUGGAUCAGAGUGGGUGGGGAAGUGAUACAGUAGCUAUGAAUAAUCCAACAGUAAUACAUGAAGAUGUUACAUCUAAUACUGCGGUCAGACCUACUACUAGUAAACCUACCGUUUCAGCCUGGGAAGAAGGACCACACAGUUGGGGACGCAAUGAUGCGUCUUCAAAUUGGGGCACCUUCGACAAUUCUUUUUCAACGACGCAACCCUCUACAGCUGUCGCUAAGCCGACUAUACAGGCCCCAAUACAGGAUAAUGUUAGUGCUUGGAAUAAUUUUAAGCUAAACGAAACCGAACGAUGGGAAAAAGUUCAUGUAGCUACUGUUGAGAAGGAACAAAAAGCAACAACUAGUAGACGAGGUUCAAACGCGUCUUCUUUCAAAUCGUUCUCCUCAAAAUACGCAUAGUAAAAUUGAAGCUGCUCCAAGUACAAGCUGGCAAGGAGAUAAUAAUGCAACUCAGCUAGAAAAAUCUUGGUCUACAGUAACACCGGUUGAUCAUACUACAUCGUCUACAGAAAGGAAUCGCAUGCCUGCGCACUCCUGGCAGACAGUGGCUGGCACAGCUAGAAAGACAAAGGAAUCAGAAACUAUAA